AUGGUUGGGGGCCAACCCAUCGUCACGGACGAAAAGGAGCCGCAAGAUGGCACUGCUAAGUCGGGCGGCGCAGACCCGUCUGAAGAUGCCGAUUCGGAAACCAAAAACGAACGAAAACAGAAUGGUGUUCGGAAGAUCGAGGCUAUUACUUCGACUUGGAGCUAUACAGCACUCGUCUCCGUUUUCGUCAUGAUCUGGAUCACGGAAUUCACGCACUCAUUCCAACAACAGAUCGUCGGCAACCUAGCGCCGUAUGUCACCUCGUCCUUCUCCCGACACGGGUUGACCGCCACCGUCGGGAUUGUCGCUUCGCUUGCCGGAGGCACAUCUCAGCUGGUUUUCGCCAAGAUUUGUGAUGUUUGGGGGCGCUUGGAGUGUUACAUAUUGACACACUUCUUGUGUAUGCUAGGGUUAAUCCUGAUGGCUGUUGCCAACAAUAUCGAGACCUACGCGGCGGCUACAGUGUUCUGGGAGGUGGGCAGUGGGGGAAUCGGAUACGUCCAGACCGUCCUUAUCUCCGACCUGACCUCUCUGAGAAACCGAAUGGUCAUUUACACCAUGAACGCUACGUCUGCCAUCGGCCCCGUCUUCGCCGGACCCGUGGUGGCACAGCUGUUCCUUCAACACAGCAAUCUCAAAUGGGCCUUCGGCGCUUUCGCCAUUAUCAUGCCCUCCGUGGGCUCCGGCAUCAUGAUCAGUCUUCUCUAUAACCUCCGGCAGGCGAAGAAGCUGGGGAAGCUCGAGCUGAACGAAAGCGGCCGGACUUGGUACAGCUCAGCUGUGUUUUACGCAAAGGAAGUCGACAUAAUCGGAAUGUUCUUGCUCGUCGCCGGCUUUGCCAUUUUCUUGCUUCCCUUCAGCCUCGUUAGCUACUCUGCCCAUGGCUGGAAGACGGGCUACGUCAUCGCCAUGAUUGUGCUCGGCGUCUUCAUUCUGGUUGCUUUCGGCUUCUGGGAGUAUUUUUUUGCUCCCAUUCCCAUGAUUCCUUGGGCCAACCUCAAAGAUCGCACCACCUUCGGUGCUGGCUUACUAGCUUGCACGCUGUUCAUCAGCUUUGGCGCCUGGGGGAGUUACUUCUCCUCAUAUCUGCAAGUCGUCCAUCAGCAAACCGUCGCCCAUGCCGGAACGAUCAUUGGUAUCUACACAAUUGCCUCCUGCACCUGGGGUCCAUUCGUGGGACUUCUUAUCCGAUACACCAAACACUACAAAUGGAUCGCCAUACUAUUUAUCCCCGUCGCCCUCCUCGCUACCGCCCUCCUGAUCCUAUUCCGAAGCCCCGGAACCAAAAUCGGUUACAUCAUCAUGGCGCAGAUCUUCAAGGCCACCUCGGGCGGCACCCUCAUUAUCUGCGAACAGCUCGCCGUCAUGGCCAUCGUGGCCCAUAACGAAGUCGCCAUCAUGCUCGCAGCCAUUGGGCUCUUUGCUUCGAUCGGGUCCUCCAUUGGCAGGGCCAUCUCGGGAGCCAUCUGGACCAACGAGUUGCCUGAAUACCUGCUGGCUGCUCUUCCUGAGGACCAGAAGGCGAAUGCGACGGCUAUAUAUGGCGAUUUGACUAUUCAGUUGUCGUUCCCAUUCAACAGCCCCACUAGAGACGCGAUUGUGUACGCUUAUGGAGAGGUCCAGAGGAAGAUGUUGAUUGCAGGAGCUUGUUUCAUGCCGCUUGCCCUUGUGGGUGUGUUGAUGUGGAGGAAUAUCAAUGUUGGCAAGAAGAAGCAGACGGCUGGCAAUGUUUGGUAG